CGUGCGGGAAGGUUUGCACACAACAAAGGGAAAGGAAGGGGUUGGGGGAUCACGGAAAAAACUGGAAGGUAGUGGGAGACGCGAACAGUAGGGAAGGAACAGAAGAGAAGAUUUGGAGACAGGAAUCACAAAGCCCGUCCGUGUUAGAGCUAUAAAGACCAGCACGCACAAAUAAGGGGAGAUUCAGGGACAAAGAGAUUCAGGGGCAACUCCGUGGCCGUCUUCAAAACUCUGGUGGCAGCAGAGGCAGCGUCAGGAACAGCAUUUUUAAUAGCCAGGCAUAACGGUGGAGGGCCACCCUGGGGCUCACAGCUUAGGUACCCUCAAGGUCACCUCUCCCUGGAGGGUCUCUACGGUCUCAAUUCCAUAGGUACAGGGGAGUUUUUGUACACGUGCCUCAGUGGCUUCAACCAAAAUGAAAGAUUUACAACCUAGGAAAUGUCGUUUUAUAGCUCAAGUCCUAAAUCUUGGAUCUCAGUUCAGGGAGAGGCCCCGACUCUCACACUGGCCAAGGACGACGGCGGCCAGCUGAAGACAAGUUUCUCCUCCCCCAGGCGAGAGCCGGUUGCUGAAUCCUCUGGCUUAUGUUGCUGUCUCCAUUAGAGUUCAAGAGGAGAACGUACCCUGGGAAAUUGAGGCUCUGUGCUAACAUGAGACCCACCACUCCCCUUAAAUGCGGUUACGGUGCCCAGACGCUCCCAGAGUGCCUGGAAGUUCCGCCAUGAUUUCCCGGAAUUUUAAAGAGAGCUUCCUCUAAAGCCAGAUUUAUCUUCUGGGAUUCCCUCUUGCCCUUCUAGUCCCCACUUUUACCCCUUUCUUAGUCCCCUUCCCGGGGCACUGUUCAUCUUUUCUCCCCUCCACAUUCUCUGCUGCAUCAUCAACUAGCCUGGAGAAGGAACCCACGGCCCAGUUCAAGCGACUGUCGAGAAUGUGCGGGCCCACCGCGCUAGCACAGGCCGUCAGAGGACGGCCAUGUGCCUGGCCGCAGCAGAAAUGGGUAACCCUUCCAGGUCGAGGGCUGCUGAGUUUAGCUAGCGAGCUGAAUGAAGGGGUCUGAAUUCCUGGGAGGAGACCCUCCGCCCCGGGGCUGCAGCACGGGGUUUGUUAAUCUGAGCAGAUCAAGUGUCUCCCUAAGUCUGGUUCCGGCCCAUCUGUAAUCUCAGCCGUGCACCUGCCCCUGACCUCCAUCUGAGGCGUUUUCUCUCCGGCUGGCGUUUGCCUGAAACAGCCUGGUCACGCAGACCCUUCUGCAGACAGGAGGCUGCUGCCUCCACCGGCCGAGGCUGGCAGAGGAGAUGCUAGAACGGAGAGAGAUGAGCACGGCAGGCCUUAACUGAACGGUGAUUAACCGAACAGCUUCAAAGUCUUCUCGCACUCAGAAAACACUGGUCACCGGGAGGUGGAAAAACAGAACAGUUGCCGGAAUCCUCUUGCCCGGGUUCUCUCUCCUUUUGGCUUUGGCUUUUUCCUCCCAGCUGGUGAAAAGAUUCUCCUUUUCUGCGUUCCAAAGAAAUCCACGGACAGACAGCAAUGACGGGAGUGGUCUGCACAGCGCUCUUCUGCAGACGGCCCCCACCCCAAACGCUAGGCUAGGAGGAAAUACCACUGCCAAAAAAAAAAGAUCAUUUUGCCUGGUUUCUGCUCCUUUCCCUCUCGACCACCUCCUCGUCUGCCUGCUUUGCUUUCUCUUUCUUGGAUACGGGGAUGAAAUGAGAACGCUGACAGGCAGCUACUUAAACUUUGGAUGCGCCUUGUGCUUUUGGCAACGAGUAAGAAUCCCCGAAUGUAAGCGUACUAACGGCCAUUUGCGGAGUGUGACGUGUGCUGGUGCAGGUGUCAAUAUAGCAGGAAUAUGGGAGUUUGGGAAGCCCAGGGUGCCACACGGGGUCACCGAGGCAGGGGGCCAUGUCCCUACAGAUGGUGACGGUGCUGUUCAGAGAGCCAAGAGUGAAGAAAUACCUUCUUUCCGCUGGGGGUUACUCGCUUACAAAGAGCCGAGCCUACCUGAGGGACCUGUGCCUUUUGGUGAACGGGCGGACUUUCCUCAGAAAUGCGGGUUAACUGAAACAUACGCAGUGUUUCCUCUCUUGACUCGUGGAGUGUAGACAAUCUAUAUUCUUUUUAAGUAGCAGUUUUAAGGAUCUUUUUAAGGAUACGCGGUUUCCCACAGACCUUCACCUGGACUUGACAGCCCGCCCUUUCCUUCUCUGAUGGAUACACCCGUCUCACUGCACGCCUUUGCUCCCGCUCGCUCCCUGUGGGGACAGGGCCCAGACCCUGGCACACAGAUUUUGCCCUUGACCCCAGCACCCCCUUCUCUCGGGCACCCUGUGACUAGCCUAUCUUGCCUUCCUCUUCGUCAUCGGUGUGAACUCAUUCACUGACCUUCCUUCCUUGUUCCUGCUUAUUCCUACCAGAUACAGACCCCUUUCUCUGAUAGAAAUCCAUCCAGAAUUGGCAGUGUGGCCUAGGCUACCCACUACCACCUGUCACUGGCCAAUCUGCAUCCAGGGCCAGGCCCCAUUUCUGUCUUGAGCCAGAAAGCUCACCAGUCUAGAGUAUGCUCACCAGAGAGCACACCUCCCCCCACCCGCCCCCAGUCAACCCACCAGCUAAUCGCCCCCAGCUCUUACCAUAGCGGGGUCCUCAGGUCCCCGUGGCCAGGCCCGCCAGCUGCCGUUCACAUUGGCCAGCUCCUCAAACAUCUGGACGCACUUCUGAGGCGUCUCAAGUCCCACUGCUGAUCUGUGAUGCUUUCAGCUUUGAACCCCCUCACGUGAGUGAUUUGAGGUUUCAGAUUCUGGUGGCCAGUCCCUACGGAAGAAAAAAAAAUAGUAAGAGUAGACAAUAGGGAGCAUCGCAGUUAAACAGCGUAAUGUUUUCUCCCUGGUCCUAAUUUACCUUUCAAUUACAAUGAUUCCUACUCCAAUCUGAGGGUCCUUUCUCAGCCUACAGCAGUGGUUUCAUCCGGGGGCGAUAUUUUGCCUCCCAGAGGACAUUUGGCAAAAUCUAACAGAUUUUUGGUUGCUACAACUAAGGGGCUGCUACUGGCAUCUAGUGGGUAGAGGCCAGGGAUGCUGCUAACACCCUACAGUGCCCAGGACAGUCCUCAGCAGAGAAUGAUCUGGCCCCGAUGUCUACAGCACAGAGGCUAAGAAACCACAAUCCUGACUAGGUACGUGGCGCUUCUUAGAUCCUCCCCUCCCGUGUACCCCCGCCAGUCCUUCCUAGCCCACUGCUCUCUCCUGAGGCAGCUUUUCUUCUCCUCUAGUGCGCUAAGUGCUCCAGAUUCUGUCACCAGAUAUAUUCCUCCCCUUGAGGGUGGUAUCUGACCCACUGAUUCCAUAUCCUAUAAGGACGGUUGUCACUUUGAACUUGAGGUCUCGCGCUUCCUUCGAAACUUCAGGCCCACGCUCUUAAUUAACAGGCCGUGAGAAACUCCACUGCGACUCCCAUCCUUCCUUCACCUCUGCCAAGUCCAAACCCAAAUUGGCUCCGCCACCAUGCCACCCCUCCCCAAGAUCCUCCCCACUUCCCUGUGUCACCUGUGUCCCACCGUCCAGGCGCCACACUUUGGCUUCUCCACCUUUUGUGCCUUGGGAGCACAGGAGAUGCUCGAGGGCCCUUUGGGAUCCCUCUCGAGUCCCCUCAUUCAGCCUUCCUGCUUCCUUCACUGCACGUGGGUCUCCCCACCUUAAAGGUCAGGGCCAGCUACGGCGUCCUUUGUUCGCUCCGGUGGGACCAUCCUCCACACUCCCUCCAUCUUUACUAAAACUAAGCGCAAAGCCUCCCUUGCAGCACAAUUAACAUUCAUCAUCUCCAUUUCCUACCAGAACAGCCUCAAGAGUGCUUGCCCUGAAACUUCCUGGUAUCCUCAGAGAGAUCUUACCUCAUUCGUCCCUCUUUACUCCCACUGCGCCUCCAAGACUCUGCGCUGUGGCCUGUCCUCUUUACCCAGCUUCCCCCUUUUGCUCCUGGUGGGCCCACACCUAUCAUUCCACCCGCCCCCCCCCCCCCAUUGGCAGCCAAGGGCCCUAGCCAUCCACGGAGGCCCAUUUGAAACGCCACUUUCCCCACCAACACUUUCGAGUCCCCCCCCCCCCCCACCAGUAGAGGUCUUUCCUCUCAUUUUUGUUGCUUAUCCUUUAGGAUGGAGUGUUGGGAUCUACCCGGCCUUUAUCCCCUCAGUGUAUGGGCUCCCCAGGCAAAGAACCAAAGACACCAAAGAGUGCUGAACAAAGGGGGUCCCAGACGCCCCUGAGGAUGUCAAACAAAGAGACCCUGUACCCAUUCCUUGAUGAAUAGUGUUUUGGGGAAGCAAGGCCCGGAACGAGGGCAACCCGUCCCUUUGGGGCUCCAAACCCCAAUGUCUACUGACCUUCUACUUCGGCAGGGCGCAGCAUCCCUGGGGCCUCAACUCCUUUUCCGUCUGGGACUGCUCCUCUGCAUCGGGGCAGCGAGCCCUCUCCCUCCUCAGGGUCCUGGCCCUCUACCUCCAGGCCCUGGACAUUUUCUUCCUUCUCGCCUGGUCUCAGCAGCGGUUCCCCCGGACGGGAGGGUUUGCCCACCGCCACCUGCGAGACCUAGGGUUGACCCUUGUCAGCCCCCAACCUUCCCUUCCAGCCUUUGUGACUUGUGGCAUCAGGAAGAGUGACCCCACGGCGCCAGCCGGCCUCGAGGCGUCCCAGGCCUGGCCGCCAUACGCCCGCCCACCAACCGCUUCCAACCACCCCAGCAGCACAACCUCUCAGGGCGUUCCAACGCGGCGCCCCCUAUUGGACCUCCCAUUCAUAUCCGGUUUCCGGUCGGACGCCCCCUGCUCAUUCGCCAGGCAACCUUGAUUGGCGUGACCCCAGCCCAAUGGCUGACCCGGCACUGGGGUCAGAGGGGAGUGAGUGGACGGUCGCGACCCAGUUGGCCCAUUCCGUUGGAUGCUCAGAGGGUUGAGCCGUCGCUCACGGGGAUAGUUGGACAAAGUUUGAGCCAAAGUUCAGUGUUGGCAUUUCCAAGUGUGUAGACCCAUGGAGCUGACCUGUCACGCCUUUGGGGGGCCCCACACGUUGCCCAGAGUCCGACUUGGUCAGCUUUCUCCCGCAGCACGGCCACGUGGGUGGCGGAUGCGGGACAGUGGUGCGCCGUGGCUGUGGUCCCAUCGUUCUAAGAGGGAUGCGUUGGACUUAACGAGAUUGGACCGUGCGUGGUUCACCCGCCUGCGGCUCGUAGAUACAGCCACCCAAGCGGUGUUCCCGCUCGCCGCCGCCCACCCCUCGUGAAACUUUUCCUGCCAUCUCUCCCCCGCCCGCACGCCAGGCGACCACCUGCCUCAUGCCCAGCUGCCUUGCACCUAAAGGUAGCUGGCAGGUCCGUGUCACCCGCUGGCGAGACAGCCCUCAUGCCCACGUCCCGGGUCGUACGUGACCCGCAAGCAGCAAUUCCCGCCGCCCCCCCCCCCCCCCCCGCGACUCAAAUCGUUCCUCAGACACCAGACCCUAGACCCAGAGCAGUGCGCGUACACGCGCCAAGCCCACCCCGCCGGUGCGGGUAUUUACCCCAGCCGGCUCCAAACCCACACGAGCUUCGGCGACAGGAGCGCAGCCAGGCGACCGCUACACUUGUGGCCGGGCUUAAUGCCGCGCCUCUGGGGGCUCUAGCAGUGGAAAAGUAAAGCGACUGCCCUGGGAUACCCAUAGCGAAAGGAGAGGGGCCCCAGGGGGGCUGGCGAGGGGCUGGAGAGGAACUGGGGCGGCGGACCGACCGACCCUGCAGCCGGCGCCCGCGGCCGAGAGCGGCACAUCACAGCCACUGCUGCCGGCGCGGCACAGUGUGUAUCUUUGGGUUCUGUGCGCACAGGGUUGUCCAGUCUCCGAGACCACGCUAAGCCAGCCGCAGGUCCCAACACAAAUCCCGCUAACCCUUCCCCAGAACAGUAGGAACCCCCGGAACUCUGAGGCCUGCACCGGAUGGGGGUCUCCGCGUGUGUCCCGCGCCCACCCCCGCCCCCGUUCCGUGCCGCGGCAACUACCGCUUAGAGGGUCUCCGUGGUGCGCGCCCAAGACCCUCUUAUUCCCCUGCAUCAUCGUCCAAAUAAUCGGGGGGAAAACCCUGCCUGCGCCACUCUAGACUACCGCAGGGACCCCCAGGGUGUGAUGGGGAUGGGGGACAUUGAGUGUUUUUACAGGAGCCAGCCUGGGCAAACCGGCAAACAAACGCUGCAGAAGCGGUGGAAAGUACCCUAAGGCGUUUUAAAAACGAACUGUGGGCGCACACACACGGCAGGCCCUUGCCCCUCGCCUCUCUCCGCUCUGCCGGUGGGCUUACGACCACCUGUCGCAUCCCCGCGCGCGCCCGCGCCCCCUUCCCACGCGCCCAAAGCCUUGUACUCCGGACUUGGAGCUCAAGAUUGGAGGCUGCCCAGGUCUGGGGGCUGCGGCUCAGGGGUUCAGGGGUAUCCUGGGGUGAUGAAACCCUCCUGCGGUUCCCCCCUCCCCCGAGGAGAGUCAUUUGGGUCUGGGAGGGAGGGUUUUCAGCUCCUGCGCUCAAGCAGCCCGGGCCCACGUCUUGCGUCACGUGUCCCGCAACGCAGGAGAGCUCUCUCUCUCUCUGGCCAGGGGAUAAGAGAGGAGAAAGACUCCAAAUCAGUCAGGGAGAGGAGUGGAAGGAGCCAAAACAUCCCUGCGAGGCCUGCGCUCAUCGGCCCCCUUACCCAAAGUCCGGGGCUGCCGGCGCCAGGAUCCGGCUCCCGGAGCUGCCUUGGCACCGGGGCCGGCGUCCUCUGGUGGCAGAGAGCGAGCACUACGAGCGAUUUUCGGACCGAAUCGGCACGCUCCUCAGAUCCAAGCAGGCGGGGCUGGCCUGGAGCAGAGAGACAGAAAGAGAGAGAGAAAGAGAGAGGAGGGGACGAGGGCAGGCCAAGAGGGGCGCCGAGGGGCAGCCUGAGGGGAUAAAAAGUGGCCAGGAAGGAGCCAAAACUGCACCGGCAACAAUAGACUUGCUUCCGCUUUGGUCUUGGGUUUGAGGCCCUCAAGCCCCAGACCUCAAGAGGGUUGGAAAGUGAGGUUGGAGAACUUUCUAGCUGAUACUUUGAAUUUUUUCGAAGAUAUUUUUUUCACCCUAGUUCGGUUGGGUGCUCCGACUCACGGGGCCCCAAGUUUAUUUUAAGAGUCCGCCACCGUGUUAUGGGCGUGCGCAACUGCCUCGACGGCAAUAAUAUGUCAGGACAACGCGAUAUCCCCCUUGAACUCGGGGAACAGCCCGAGCAACCACCUUUGGAGGCCCCAGGGGCAGCUGCCCCCAGUCCUGGGCCUGGCGCAGCCGAAGAGAUGGAGACCGAACCGCCUCACAGCGAGCCCGUCCCCCUCGAGAUUGAAGGCGAGGCCUGUGGACCCCCCGAGGUCCCCGGACCCAACUGCCAGGACCUGGGCCAGGCCAUCGAGGAAACCAGAGCCCUCGGAGGCUACAGCCCACCUCCUGAGGAAGCCAUGCCCUUCGAGGUCGAGCAGCCCAGCCCAGGAGGCUUCUGGCCUACCCUGGAGCAGCCCGGAGACACCACUGGGGCCCAGGCAGGCCCUGAGGUCUUCAGCCCAACGGUCAUGGAGCCCGGAGCCUUCGAUGAUGCCAGACCCAGCCUGGGAGGCUACAGCCCUCCACCUGAAGAAGCCAUGCCCUUUGAGUUUGAGCAGCCUGCACAGGGAGGUUGCAGCCAGCCUCUCCUGCAGGUCUCAGACCUCGCUCCAGGAGGCCCAGGUGCAGGGGUCUUUAGCACUCCUCCCCAGGAGCCCGGAGCCCUCAAGCCUGCAACCACAGGCUUCAGAGGAGACUGUAGUCCUCCCCCUGAGGAGGCUAUGCCAUUUGAGUUUGAUGGAGCAGCCUUUGGGGACGACAGCCCACCCCCCGGGCUCCCCCGAGCUAUCCCACAAAUCGACGGCGGCAGCAUCGGCCAGCCCGCGGCAGUCGCGGUCCCGAGUGCGGUCCUCCUCGCUCCCGCCGCGAACGAGCCCCCCCUCUGGGUCCCCGGCGCCAUCGGCAGCCCAUCCCGAGAGGCUGUCAGAUCUCCUCCACACUUCGCGGGCGACAGCCCCCCGAUGGAGAUCUCCGGACCCCCGCUCGAGAUUGGCAGCGCCCCCGUUGGGGUCGACGACGCUCCCGUCAACAUGGACAGCCCCCCAAUCGCGCUUGACGGCCCGCCCAUCGAGGUCUCCGGAGCCCCAGUUAAGAGAGAGCGAGCAGAGGGAGAGAGACCCCCAGUUGAGGGAGAAGCAGCCGAGAUGGAAGGAGGCUCAGCCGCCGCCUCUGCUGCGGGGAGACGAAAAGUCCCCUCUCCCGGGGACGGAGCCCCAGCGGCCGGGGCCGCCCCUGCUUCUCCAGCCGCCGGGGCAGCCCCAGCCGCCCCUGCCGCUCCGGCCGCCGGGGCAGCCGCUGCCGCCCCUGCCGCUCCGGCCGCCGGGGCAGCUCCUGCCGCCCGGGCAGCCCCUGCCGCUCCGGCCGCCGGGGCAGCUCCUGCCGCCCGGGCAGCCCCUGCCGCCCCUGCGUCUGGAGCCCGACCCAAGCUCCGCUUCCUCCGACCCCCCAGCCCCGAGAUCCAGGCUGCCGAUCCGCCUACUCCGCAGCCUACUCGCGCAUUUGCCUGGCGGGGCAGGUCUGGCCGCGGCCGCGACGACGACGAGAGGUCGGUCAGCAGCGACGACGACCACAGCAGCGAUGAAUCCGACGAUGGGACCUCCGGAUGCCGCCGCUGGCUGCAGCCCCGGCGAAAUCGCCGCCGCCGAAAGCCCCGGCGCAACUUGCUCCGCAAGUUCCUCAUGCAGGCCUUCGGGGGCUGCUUCGGCCGAUCCGAGAGCCCCCAGCCCAAAGCCGCCCCCAGCCCCAAGGUCAAGAAGAUUCCCCUGGCGGAGAAGCGCAGACAGAUGCGCAAGGAAGCCCUGGAGAAACGCGCCCAGAAGCGCGCAGAGAGGAAACGCAGCCAGCUCAUCGACAAACAACUCCAGGAAGAAAAGAUGGGGUACAUGUGUACGCACCGCCUGCUGCUUCUAGGUAAUGCGGCGGACUCUGCCCGCGGGGAGCAGGGCUGCCCGGUGGGGCUCGGGGCCUGGCAGCGGGAGGAGGGGGGUGUCCAGGCCGAGGCGGGAAGACACUGCUAGAAAGUUCCAGCGAGGGGCCCGAACUUUGCCCUGGGAGCGGGAGGGGGCCUCGGCUGGGUGUGGGUGGUCGAAGUAUGUGCCCUCCAGGGAGAAAAGUGGUGCCGAGCAACACUGAGGGUCGUUUCCGGCUGGACAAGCCAGCGCCAGCGACCGUAAGAUGCCGCCGAGUCCUGGGGUGGGGGCCGGCAAGGAAGGCGGGGGCUUCAGGUGA